CUCUUAGGAGCUGUCUGUCUGGGAUUAAUUGGAUACUACGGAAGUCACACCUCUAGUCUCUUUGGAAAUCGUUUACAGCGGAAGAUCGAUGGGUUCGCCUCAGGUUCUGAAGAAGUCGCCCUCUUUCUCACUUCUUUUGGGUUUCUUGUCACUACGUUCCUCCUGUUAGUCUCCAGCUUUGCGUCAUUUGCAACAUCUUCCUUCCUGCCCAAAACCCUCUUCGAACUUCUCUACCACCUUUUCGCCUUUAUAUUCUACCUGGGCUCCAGCGUCGCAUUAUUAGUGGUUGUUUCCCGUCGUAAUGACCAAGCGUACCGGGUUGAAUUCGGUUAUGAGGGUAAAAUGGCUGCCUCUGUCAUUGGCCUGGUGAACAGCUUCCUCUAUCUCGUCAGCGCCAUCUUUUCUUUCCGCUCAUACAGACACGUGUGAAAACGCCCCGGAUACAAAGUCUGGAAUUCGAGAAAUACUUGAUGAAUUUCUCUUCGUAUUUUUCCACUUGUAUCUUUUUCAACGUAUUCGUGUGCGUGUUUUUUUUUCUGUCUAUGGAGAAAAUUCUGGGACACUUUGUAUUUCUGUGAAAUUGCAAUCGUAUGCAACAUAAAGUAAUUUUGGAUAUACUUCUAGAAUACAAUUUUUGAAAAUAAACAGUAUUUUCCAUGAA